AUGAUUAAGAGUGGAGGCAAGGCGCCGGCGAAGAAGCGCCUUUUAUCUGGCAAGUACCCUGUGGUGGUGCGGAGCGGAGCAGAGGCCGCAUGGCUGGGGACAAAGAGCCUGGGUGGAGCCUCCGUGUGGACACUGGACCUGGAUGACUUUGCCGGCUCCUUCUGUGGGGAUGGUGCCUACCCUCUGGUCAAUCACCUUCGCAACUCUCUGGGCUUCCCACCCAAACCUACCACCACCGCCGCCCCCACCACCACCCCCGACCCCAUCAAGGACUUCUGCAAGGGCCGCCCCGAUGGCCUCUACCCCAACGCUGCUGACGAGACCACCUACUUCCAGUGCUUCCGUGGAAACACCUACCUGCACAGCUGCCAGCCUGGCCUGGUAUUCGUGGACGCAUGCAAAUGCUGCAACUACCCAUAAAUAUUGUGACUCCCCCCCCUUCUAAGUUACUGUGAAAAACAUGAACAUGAACUGUAUCUUGUGAUUUUGUAAGGAAACUCCAAAAUAAACUAAGUUACAUAACAGGCCAAGUAUCAUCUUAUGUCUGUCGCAUCCUCUUGACAGCUUCAUGGAGAUUUUUUUUCCAAACUGUCUGACUUCAUUCUCUUGUCUCUUCAUAGCCUGUAUUCACGAAGGGAACUUUCUCUGUGAUAUGU